AUGGACUACAAAGCUUGCUUGUUUUCCCCAGAAGAAAAUGUACUAAGACUAAAUGAUAGUCUUAGUGGUGAAGUCAGGAAAUUAGAAGAAAUGCUUCUUAUAACUGCUCGAAACCCCGACAAAAUAUUAAACAUUUUAAAACAAAAGUACGAAAGACCCGAAGCAAUUAUGGAAGAACUACUAUCCAAAGCACACCAAAUCUCUUCUGUAGAAAGUGCAAAAUCGUUUAUUAAUUUUAAUAGUACUGUACAAAAUCUGGCAGCUGCAAUUAAUGAAGAUUUCGCUAACUAUAUCGAUGAGAGACAUUUAUUAGCAAUUUAA